AUGGGAGAACAAAAUGCACAGACCGAGAAGGACUGGUUAGAAGAGAAUCGGGUACCCAAGGGGCCCAAAGCCGACCGGCAGGAGACGGAGGAGGCAUCAGCCGUCCCACAACAAGAUGCGCAUAGGGAGAACCAACAACUGAUACCGCGGGAGCCAAAAGCUGACGGACUGGCGAGGAAUCGGCAGGCAGAAACCAGGCCCGAUCCAGAACAAAAUGCACAUAUCAAAAACGAUCGGAUCAAGGAGAACCAGCAAUCAAUACCGACGGAGCCGAAAGCUGACAGGCUGGCGAAGGUUCGGCAAGCAGACACCAAGCUCGUUCCCGAACAAGAUGCGCGUCCUGAGGACGACUGGAUCAAGGCGGACCAACAACUCAUACCAACGGAACCCAAAGCUGACAGACUGGCGAGAAAUCGGCAGGCAGAAGCCAGACCCGUUCCAGAACAGGAUCGGAUCAAGGAAAACCAACACCGGAUACCCACAGGGCCACGGGCUGACAGACUGGUGAACACUCAGCAAGCAAAAACCAGACAAGAUCUAUACAGAGAUGCUGCAAGACGAGCAUACACACUUCUACGUCCUAUACAGAAGCAUCCACGUCGGGAAGGCAAAGACGCACAUCCUACCCCGACGCACCAUCGUUCACGCUCACCCGAAGAAGAACGAGAAUUUAAUUCUUCUUUUCCCCCACUUCCUUCAUCACGAGCAGCGACCACCUGCUCGAAGGGAAGCGUGUUCGACGAAUCCUACGGAGAGGACAUUCCGCAAGGUAAGCGCGGCUUCAAUGUCAACUCCAUCGGGUUCAUCGGAGGAUGA